AUGGACGACGGCAAGCGUAUAGACGUACCCGUCGAGGUUAAUGGCGAGUGUACAAUGGGCCAAAUGGACACACAAAGUGACCGAUUUGGCCACGUCGAGAGGAGGCUCAAAAGCCGCCAUAUCCAGUUUAUGGCUCUCGGUGGUGCUAUUGGAACUAGUCUUUUCCUCGGAAUUGGCUCUUCGCUAUCAACAGCGGGCCCUGCAAACCUUCUUCUAGGAUUCACCAUCUCCGGUCUCGCGGUUUACGGCAUGAUUCUUUCGCUCGGCGAAAUGACUACUUGGCUACCAAUACCGGGUGCUAUUCCGACAUUUUGUUCUCGCUACGUUGACGAGGCCCUAGGAUUUGCUGUAGGCUGGAAUAAUUGGUACUUUGCUUCGAUUGUUGUAUGCUUGGAAAUUAGUGCUGCCUCUGUCGUGAUAGACUACUGGCCUGGUGCCCAAGGAAUUUCUCCGGCUGUGUGGAUUACUAUCAUCAUCAUAUUCAUCCUUGUCCUCAAUGUUUCUGCUGUUGGAAUAUUUGGCGAGGCCGAAUUCGUCUUCACCUCCAUAAAGCUGAUUGCCAUCAUUGGUCUCAUGAUUUUAUCGGUUGUCAUUAUGGCAGGCGGUGCCCCUAAUAAAAAUGCGAUUGGGUUCGAGUAUUGGAACAAUCCUGGAGCCAUGAACGAAUUAUCUCCGGCUACUGGGUCUGAAGGGCGAUUUCUCGCCUUUUUCAGCGUUCUGGUUUAUGCGUGCUUUACAUAUGCUGGCGUUGAGAUGCUUGCGGCCGCCGGGGGCGAAACCGAAAAUCCUAAAGUUAACAUACCUAUCGCAUUCCGCAGAGUCAUAUACCGUAUCUUGGGAUUUUACGUUCUCGGGACGUUAUUUGUUGGCUGCAUUGUGGCCAGCAACGACCCCAAUCUCCUCACAGCAUUGGCUACUGAUGCUAGUGGUGCAGCUCAAUCGCCCUGGGUUAUCGGGUUGCAAAAUGCGGGAAUAAAAGUCCUCCCCAGCAUCAUUAACGCUGUAAUUUUGACUUCGGCUAUCUCCUCAGCCAAUGCAAUGCUAUAUACUGGUAGUCGAUACCUCUACUCUCUUGCCAAGGUCGGUCAGGCACCAAGAGUUCUUCUGAACUGUACUAAAAAGUGA